UCAGGUGGAAUUAUUAUAGCGACACAGGGGGACUGAAGGCGACGUAGCCUAUGCCAUGUAGUCAGUCCACCUAUGCAUAAAGAGAACUAGAGAUCGGGCUUACAUCCAUAUAACAACAAUUGUCAUAAUUUUAUUUAUAUUCAUUCACACAUUAUUUCAGACAGUUGCAGGCUAAUGCGCGAUAGGCCAUGUUAUUCCCAGACACCUAAAUGCAGCCGUUUGUUUCAAACAUUAUUUUGUCAAAUGUGCUAUUUUAUUGUAUCUGAUUUAGUAGUGAUCCGUAGCCCACAACGCCGGCAAUAACAAUAUUUUUUCAGGAAUGGCAGAGGCGGACCUACAAACGUUUACAUCGAUAAUGGACGCACUGGUUCGCAUUAGUUCCAACAUGAAGAGCAUGGAGCGUGAGCUUCAGUGCCCAGUGUGCAAGGAGAUGGUGAAGCAGCCCGUCCUCCUGCCCUGCCAGCACAGUGUCUGUCUGCUGUGUGCCUCUGAGGUCCUGGUGCAGAGUGGCUAUCCUGCCCCCGACCUGCCCCCGGAGCCCAAGUCUCCCGCCUCCACCCCAAACACACGCUCUCCACGCCAGGCCCGCAGACCUGCGCCCAAGGUCGACCGCAUUGACCGCGUACUGCGACCUGGGUAUGGGACAUACCCCGGCCGGAGACGUAAAGAGGGCCCCCCUCCUCCCAUGCUGUUCCCCUGCCCUCCGUGUGGGAAGGAGGUAGAGCUGGGGGAGAGGGGGCUGGCUGAAUGCCUUCGUAACCUUACUCUGGAGCGCAUCGUGGAGAGGUACAGGCACACAGUGAGCCUGGGCACCGUGGCGAUCAUGUGUCAGUUCUGCAAGCCGCCCCAGUCUCUGGAGGCCACUAAGGGUUGUGCUGACUGCAGGUCCAACUUCUGCAACGAGUGCUUCAAGCUGUACCACCCAUGGGGCACGCCCCGUGCUCAGCACGAGCAUGUGCAGCCCACACUCAACUUCAGACCGAAGGUCCUGACAUGCCCGGAACAUGAGCAGGAGCGUCUGCACUUCUACUGCCGGUCCUGCCAGAGGCUGCUCUGCCCGCUCUGCAAACUACGCCGAAUCCACGCGGGGCACAAGGUCACGCCCGUCGCCAACGCCUGCCAGGCGCUCAAGGACAAAAUCACCAAGGGGAUCAACUUCAUCCUAGCCAACCAGGAGACCGUGCAAGCUCAGAUCACCCAGCUAGAGAAUGCCAUAAUGCAGACAGAGAUGAACAGCGGCGUGGCUCUGGAGCAGCUGACGCAGUGCGGGCGGGAGCUGGGCGCGGUGCUGGCCGAGCGGCAGGGGGCCCUGGCCCAGGCGGUGGAGGGGGCCCGGCAGCGCCGCGGGGAGGCCCUGUCGGCCCAGAUGACGGAGAAGCAGAGCAUGCUGGAGAACGCCGGCCUGCUGGCCUUCUCCCAGGAGCUCCUGAAGGAGGCCGACCCGCCCUGCUUCGUGCAGGCCGCCCGCCUCACUCACAGCAGGCUCUUGAAGACAAUCGAGAACCUACAGUGCUUCUCUCUGUCGGCUGACCCCUCUUUUCGACACUUCCAAGUGGAUAUCUCCCGAGAACUGAAGAUGAUCAGCGGCUUAGAUUUCAUUAAAGCCCCCCUGGCUCCUGUGAUUGACACCCAGCGCACGCUGGCGUACGACCAGCUCUUCCUGUGCUGGCGUCUGCCCCAGGACUCCGCCCCCGCCUGGCACUUCUCCGUGGAGUUCCGCCGGCGGGAAGGAGGGCCGGGGGGCGCCUGGGGCGGGGCCCGGGGCCCUGGGGGAGGGGCCGGGGGCGGGGGCGGCGGCGGCAGCCACUCGGGCUGGCAGCGGCUGGAGGAGGUGGGCGGCACCAGCACGGUGAUUGACAGGCUGGAGAUGGACAGCGUGUACGUGCUGAGAGUGAGGGGCUGCAACAAGGCCGGCUUCGGGGAGUACAGUGAGGAAGUGUACCUUCACACCCCGCCUGCCCCAGUGCUGAAUUUCUACCUGGACUCGCGCUGGGGCCUGCACUCUGACCGGCUGGUGGUCAGUAAGGAGCAGCGCUGCGCUCGCAGUGUUCCGGGCCUGUCCCUGCUGCAGGCGGCCGACCGCGCCCUCACUUCCUGCCACCUGACCUCUGACCUGCUGGUGGGAGACAUUGCCAUAACCCAGGGGAAGCACUACUGGGCAUGCUCUGUGGAGCCUGGCUCAUACCUGGUCAAGGUGGGAGUGGGUCUGGAGUCCAGACUGCAGGAGUGGUUUCAUCUGCCCCAGGAUAUGGCCAGCCCCCGCUACGACCCGGACAGCGGGCACGACAGCGGGGCCGAGGACGCCAUGGACUCCCCGCCCCCCUUCUCCUUCCUAACAAUGGGCAUGGGCAAGGUCCUUCUGCCCCAGGGGGCAAAUUCACACAACAACUGCCCCAGCAACGCCACCAGCCCCAGGGAGCCGUCUUCCGGCCACAGCGGCAGUCACGCGGCGCACGCGGCGGCCCUGACCGCCCCCCUGCCCCCUCAGCUGGGCGUAUGUCUGGACUUCGAGAAGGGCCGGGUGACCUUCUACGACGCCCACUCCCUGAGGCCCCUGUGGGAGGGGCCGGUGGACUGCUCCGCCCCUGUCUGUCCCGCCUUCUGUUUCAUUGGCGGUGGGGCGCUUCAGCUUCAAGAGCUGGUGGCCAAUCGCAGCGCGGAACAGCCCCCAGCCAGGAGGGUUACCAUCCAAUCACGUGCCACCAAUCUGAGUAACUAAUUCAGUGCAUUAUCUUUCAUUUCCUGGUCGUUUUGAAUUUCCAUUGCCAGAAGCAAAGCAAAUUUAUAUUCCCUCUUAGUGUUUUUGGGUUUUUUUUAGUUUUUUUUUUACAUUUGUUCAUCAUAAAUACUUCGGUUUUGAUUGUAAGUAAUGUAUAUGUAUUUGUUCAUUUUAUUUUUGGUUUUGUUUUGUAUUUUCCAUUUUACAUAAAGAUGAGCUUGGAGUGAGUUUUGGAAAACAAACUAUUUAUAGUAGCGUUUAAUUUUUAUUUCUUCCAUAUUAUAUAUAUACUGUAUAUUACACACUUACUGUAAUAUGUAAGUGAUAACAUUUAGAACAUUUCCCUAGGAAUUAGAAUUGUUGACUCAGCAUCUCUUGACAUCUACAUGUGAUUCUUCCAGGCUAAUGAAAUGAAUACUAAUUUGUGCUAUUGUAACUAUAAGCAUUGACAGUUAUUCAUCAAUAGUACUUGAAAUGUGACUCUUAAACUACUAUUUUACAAUUCCAAUCUAAUGUAAUUAAUUCAUGUAAAACCAAAAAGCAGACAUUUGUUUAAUUGUAUUCACAUGUGAAUACAUUUAUUUACUAAUCAGUCAUUGGAUACAAAAUUGUAGGUAAAAUUAUACUGCAUUGAGCAACUGGAUUCAUAAUGUGCUGAUCUUUGUUAGUGUCUGUUACAUUUACCUGUCCAGUUUCCAGCUAAUGUCACAAAUAAAUGAUUACUUCAUGAAGUUUACAUACUUUUAAUAUAUAAUAUAAUUACAACUUUUGUUACUAGAAUUAUGUGCACUUAUCUUAGAAUGGGAGAUAGAAUGCAAGAUACUCAUAAUGUUUCAGUAGAAAAUCAUUUAUUAUAGUUAAAGGGACACUACUGAGACUGCACCUCAGCUGCUAUUCAGCUUUCAAUGUACCGUGUGUGUGUGCAUGUGUGUGUGUGUGUGCAUGUGUAUGUGUGUGUGUGUGCGUGUGUGUGUUUGUGUGCAUGUGUGUGUAUGUGGGCGUGCGUGCGUGUGUGUACGUGUGUGUGUGUGUGUACGUGCGCGUGUGUAUGCAUGCCUGUGUGUGUGUGUGCGUAUGUGUGUGUGCUUGCGCGUGUGUGUGUGCAUGCAUGUCUGUGUGUGUGUGUGCGCGCGUGUGUGUGUGUGCUUGCAAGUGUGCAUAUGUGUGUGUAUGUGAGCGAGACAGAGAGAGAAAAAGAGCCAAGACUAGUAAUUCCACUGCUAUUAAUUGUAAUGAUGAAUGAACAAGGGCAAUCUGAAAGAAAUCAAGAGAAAAGUCCAUGGUAUGUUAUUUCAAGGUUAUUUCCGUGUUUUUCUUUGGGGGAACUUUAAACUUUUGGAAUUAAGAGCGGAACAUAACACGAGAUUAGCGAAUUGAUGCUUGCAAUCCAGGUUUGUAAGAUAUGAGUUGUCCUUGUGUGUUUUUUUACGUGAGAGAAACCGCCGUCAAAUCUUCUAUACAAUUAGCUGCACUAAAGCACUGGUUUGAUCCCUGACCUCUGAUUCUGAUGUUUUAAUCACACGAUUGUUUUUAAUUAUUAUUAUGUAACAAGCAGCACAGCACCUGAAUGACUCCGGUCUGUAGCAUUUUGGAAUCUUAAUUUAGACCUUGCCAUGCUGGCAGAAUGUUUGUUAAACAAAGAAAAAAUAAACAGAUCACAAACAAA